AUGACCAAAAAAAUAAACAAGUUGGAAUUCAAAUUUGGAAAGUUAGUGAUUGAGUGUGAAGGCUAUCUUUACAAUGCCGAUGGUGUCGCAAAAAAAGGCCUUAAAGGCGUUAUACUCAUAGGAAAGGUUGUAAAGGAAAAUUAUUACAGAUGUUGA